GCAGAAUGAAGCGAGCCGACGAGGAGCGCGCACCGCACGAGCGAGCAGCUGAUAUUUCUAAACUUCACUUCACUUAAACAUAUUUUUAUUACGCUGGAAAAGAUACAAACACACAGGUGAGGAGCUCGGCUGAUGGAUGAGGAUGAGGAUGAUGUGCACAGGAAGGGUCUACGGCCCUGGCCUUCCUCCCAGGUUCAGUUAAAGCAGACAGAGACGGCCGGGAGACCCCCUGCAUCACCCAGCGUAAUGCUGCCCUGCCCAGUGCAUGUGGAGCACACACGCUUCUUCUACGGUAGCGCAGGAUUGUUGCUGCUGGCGCCGCCGAGCCGCUCUCGGUCUCCAGACGUGGUGCUCCGGCCGAGUCUGAGGAUGAUGGAGCGGGCGGCGCGGGCCGAGCGGAGCGUGGAGACCCUCAUCGGACAGAAGCUCCAGCUGAUCGGAGAUCAGUUCUAUCAGGAGCACAUGAUGCAUCACAGAAACCAAAGGAUCCGGGAGCCGCUGUGGAGGCGUGUGGCGAUGGCGGUCCACACCAUGGUUUUCGGCAGGUGAAACGCCUCUCAAACACAACCUGCCAUCCGUGUCCCAGUCCUCUUCACGGAGCGGGACGUUUAACAGCACUGUCUGCAAUCUAACACGGGUUUAGAGAGGACAAUCUGAGACUGAAACGAAGACAUCUCCGCAGGACGGGGACUGCUCUAACCUCUGUUUUCCAUGAAGAUGCCAUGAUGUUCUCCAGGAAUAUUUUCAUAAACAUGUCGAGGUAUUUUGUACAGGAUGCUGUUUGAUUUUCUUUGCACUUCCAUACGUGUAUAUAUACGACUGACCUCCACGAGUCUUGGGAACGCCUUACUGUCCCACGGCACCCAUCCACGGAUGAUAACGACGGGAUUUCUCCUUCAGAAAGCUUCCGAGACGUCCAGCAACUUGACAAAUCUCCAAAGAGGCCGUUUCUCUCAGAACAAAGCUUUUUGCACCUCCACCUCCACCUUUUUUAUUGCAUAAUUGUUGCUUUUUUUAUUGUUCUUCUUAUUUUUUUGGUUUGAAUGGUUGUUGGAUGAACAGGCGAGGAGGAUCUAGACGUCUUCGAUGAAGUCAAUGAUGAGUUGGUGUACUGCUGUUUUUAUUUGAUUUCAUAUCAACAGAAACAUUACUGGAUUGGCUGUGUCGUUUGCUCUAAUUUCGUCAAAUAGUGAUGUUUCUUAUUGUCUACGUAUGAUUUUGUGGAGGAAAACUGUUAUCAGGUUAUUAUUUUAUUAUAUUAUUCACCCAAUUUUGGAAAACAUGAGAAUAAAUGUUGCAACGAUGUUGACUUCAAGUCUCACUCAGGUACUUAAAGGGACAGUUCCCCCAAAAAUGGUAAUUCUGUCAUCAUUUACUCAAGUUGUUUCCGUGAUAAUGGAAGUCAAUGGGGACCAGAAAUUGUUUGGUUAACAAAAUUGCUCAAAA